GAAGAGCUCAGAAUCACCACUGGGAAACGAAUCCUGAAGAUGAGAUGUAAAUUUCUAACUAGCUUCCUUCUGUUUUUCAGCAUUUCCAGCAAAGGGGCAGUCUCUGGAGACAGGAAUACCAUCUGGGGCACCUUGGGUCAUGAUGUCAAUUUGACCAUCCCUAACUUUCGAGUGACUGAUACCGACGACGUGCGAUGGGAAAAGGGGAAAAUCCUGGUCGCGCAGUACAAAGGGAAGACAGGGAAACAUUUUCAGCAAACAGAAGCAUUCAAGGUCUUAAAAAAUGGAGCCCUGCAAAUUAAAACACUGAGGAAAGAGGACAACGACAUCUAUAAUGUGAUGGUGUAUGGCGCAGAUGGGAGCAGUAAGCUGCAAAACGUGUUCGACUUGAGGGUCCUGGAGAGGGUCUCAAAGCCAGAGAUCUCCUGGGAAUGUAGCAACACGACGCUGAUCUGUAAGGUCAAGGAAGGAACAGACCUUGAACUAAAGCUGUAUCGAGGAAAUAAAAUUCUUACCAGCCUCUCUCAGAAGAUCCUAAGCCACAAAUGGACCAGCCUGAAGGCACCAUUCAAGUGCGAUGCAAAAAACAAGGUCAGCGAGGAAUCCAUCACGGUGGAGGUCAGCUGUUCAGAGAAAGGUCUGCAUUUCUAUGUUAUCGUGGGUGCCUGCGCAGGAGGCUUCCUCUUCGUGGUCCUUGGAGCGCUGCUUACUUUCUGUAUCUGCAAGAGGAGAAAGCAGAACAGGAGGAGAAAAGAUGAGGAGCUGGAGAUAAAACCCCCCAGAACCAGCACCAUGGAAAGGGGCCCGAAGCCAUACCUAACCCCAGCCGCAGCAGCUCAGAAUCCAGCAACUUCCCAAGUUCCUCCUCCACCUGGCCAUCAUCUGCAGACAGCUGGCCAUCGUCCCUUGCCUCCAACCCACCGUACCCGUGAGCACCAGCAGAGGAAGAGACCUCCUCCAUCAGGCACACAGACUCACCAACAGAAAGGCCCUCCCUUGCCCAGACCUCGAGUUCAACCAAAACCUCCCAGUAGGGAUGGAGAAGAUGCUCCGUUGCCACCCCCUAGUUAGAAAGGCAUGUUUCCCAUGAAAAGCUGUGUGCGUUUCUCUUCUCCCAGGGUGCAGGCUCACUCUUCCAUUGUGUUAUAGAAGUAGAACCCAAACGCCUCCCAAGACUUGCAGGGCAUAGUCAAGUGGUACCUUCUAGUUCAGCCACACCAGCAUGCGGUCUAUCUAGCCUUUGGAAUCUGCAGCCUCUUCUUAGAUCUGUCGCAUCAGGAACAGACAGACAAGACAGAUGUGGAUGUAAGGAUGCUGGAUGAGCAGCCCAAAGGCUUUGCCUUCCUCUCAGGUUCUGUGCUCAUGUGAACCACCACAUGGCCACUGGCUCAUGUCUUACAGGCAGCCUACCUGGGCAGAGGCUCUUGAGCUCCCCAGGUAUCCUGAUGGA